UAGUAUCUUUCUCAUGAUCUUCAUAAACAGCACAAACAUCUCCCUUUAUCAUUUUCAUCUCAACGUCAAGUGCAUUCUAUCUCUUAUCUGUCACUCUACUUUCUUUCAUCUUCUUUGAAUAGCCAUGACGACGCGAUCAUCAUCGUCGUCAUCUAGAAAGCUCCAGUAUCCUAUCGAUGACCAUGAUUCGAUCAGCAAACUCCCAGACGAGUUAUUGCAAAAGAUUGUCUCAGAAUUGUCGACCGAAGAAGCUGUAAGAACAAGUCUUUUAUCGUCACGUUGGGUGGAUGUGUGGAAAGGGAUGUCUCAUCUUGUCCUCGACAUGAGAAAGGUCUUGGGAAAAACCCCAAUUAAAUAUUUGCACAAUGUUUCUUUAUGGUUGGCUAGAUCAAUGACUAAGGCUAUAGAGAAUCACCGUGGCCACCUAGAGAGUUGCAUUAUUCACUAUGACGUAUUCCAGUGUAAGGAUGCUGCGCUCCGAAGAUGGAUCCACACAGUGACUCGUUUGAAACACACAAAAAGUCUCACAGUUAUAAACUAUGUCCCUGGUUAUAGAAGGGGGUACAAUUACAAAGCAGAUAGUUAUCUCCACUUGGUCCCAGUUACAUUCUCACAUCAUAGCCUCACUUCACUGUCACUUUGUGGAUUCUACCUAAUAAACCCAGAUGCAUUCAGCAAUUGCAAGAAUCUUAAGACCCUUAAGCUUUUAAACAUGACCAUGUUAGAGGCUAGUGUCCUUAGCGAAGUUUUAGCAGCUUGCACCUCCCUCGAGGUGAUUGUGUUGCAAGUCGAUUUCAUUACCCAAUAUGUUGCGUUGAAGAUUGAGAACAAUAACUUGAAGUUCUUGCAAGUGACUUUCCCUUACGAGAUUGAUAGGAUCGAAGUGUAUGCAACUUGUCUAGACGUGCUCGACAUCAGGGUUAUCAAAGGUAAGAGAGAGGACUUCAUCCUCGCUGCUCCCAACAUCCAGGUUAACAAAAAUGCUUGGGUGAGUGAUCAUGGUAUCCAUAAGCCUCACCUCUUCUAUAACGUAUCACCAUAUCUCGCUCAGGAGGAAAAAGACAUUUGGCAUGAGCUUUUGGUGAGUGACUUUCAUGAUAUGAGUCGGGAUGGGUCUUUAUCAGUGAGUGUAGAUAUAACUGAUCCGAAAGAAGUGGAGAUACUGAAGGAAGUUUUGCUUAUGUGGGCUACUAACAAGAUGAUAGAGCUUGAGAUCUUUUUCAAGAACAAGAAAGCUCCUAGAGAUGAAGGUGAGUGUUCUACUAACAACAGAGCACAUAAAAAUUUGUUGGAGGAUGCAAAACCGUUCCCUGACGCUGCUUUCCGCGUUUAUAACGUGCGGUUGUAUAAUUUCGACGGUUCGAAUGAGGAAGAGUUUGCGUUCGCUUCCCGUUUGGUGACGCAAGAGACGGUGGUUAGGAAGAUGAUGAUCGAGACUUCUUCAUUUCCUCCGGCGAAGAAGUUAAAGGUAGAAGCAGCUGUGGACAAGUUGAUGGAACUUCCUAAAGGUUACGAACGUCUUCGUAUUGAAUGCUUCUGAUGAUGAAACUUCUAUUUUACUAGCCUUUUUAUUUAUUACUUUGAGGAUUCUAUGGUUUUAAAAUUUGGAUAAUUACUGUGUUUUCCGU